AUGGAAGUUGUUUUGAAGCAGGAGGACUAUAAUGGGAAACUCUCUGACUUUGGACUAGCUAGAGACGGUCCAACGGGUGAUCAAAGCUAUGUUAGUACAAGGAUUAUGGGUACAUAUGGCUACGCGGCUCCUGAGUAUAUGUCAUCAGGUCACUUAAAUGCAAGAAGCGAUGUGUACAGUUUUGGAGUUGUACUUUUAGAGAUUUUGACGGGUAAACAAGCGUUGGACGAUAACAGGCCAGCUAAAGAAGAAAGCCUUGUGGAAUGGGCUCGACCGUAUUUCGCAAGCAAACGGAAGGUUCUCAAAAUCGUGGACGCUCGGUUAGAGACACAGUACCUACCCGAAGAGGCGGUGAGAUUGGCUAGCAUUGCGGUUCAGUGUCUCUCGUUGGAACCCAAGGCGCGCCCGACCAUGGAACAAGUGGUCCGUGCCUUGCAACAACUUCAGGACAACUUGGGAAAACCAACUAAGACCGAUCCGGAUAAGGAUGCUAAGAAAGAUAGGUUUAAAACCGGAUCUAAGUUACCAGAAAGACGGUCCAAAUAA